CCCUUCUAUCCCCUUAUGGCCUGGAUCAACUAUCAAGGCGGAUAGAACUCCAAUGACCCCAAUAUAACCAUCAAUCCAAUCCAGCUUCAACCCUCACUUCGACUUCAACUUCGGCUUCACUCUGGCCAGAUGGACCAUCUAAUAUUCUGCCUAUUAUUGGCCUUCCCAAUCCAGCAGAACGUGGGGGUUCAGAAAUGUCCAUCGGAGCAACUCCUCACACUGUGGGGUACGUGGGGGUAAAACAAAUCGUGGGCUAUCAUAGGCAGGUCAAACAGCUUUAACUGGACUAUUCAUAUCAACCCAUGAAUCCAUUGAUAUCCAUGGAAUAGGACUCUGUCUCCAGUCGGGCUCCGCAUUUCCCUCCGGUCCUUCACAGGGGAUCCUGUUGCUGAUUUAAACCCCGGUUUCCCCUCAAUUGUCGACGCUACUACGUUCAUUCUCCCCUCAUCUACUCAACCCAUAUACACUCCAUUCUAUACUCCCUUGUAACCCAGCUUUCGAGAUGUCUUCCCCUACUCGACGUCUCAUUCGUGGCAUCUACGUCCCCACCGUCGCCUUCUUUGACGGUCCAGAUGAGGAUGUGGACAUCCCCACCACCGAGAAGCACGCCGCCUACCUCGCCCAGUCAGGCGUCGCGGGGUUAGUCGUGCAAGGCAGCAACGGCGAGGCCGUGCAUCUAGAUCGCGAGGAGCGCAACGCCAUCACAGCAGCCACGCGCCGCGCCCUCGACGCUCAUAAUCCCACGAUGCCACUGAUCGUCGGCACGGGCGCCGCCUCGACGCGCGAGACCAUCCGCCUGUGCAAGGACGCCGCCGAGGCCGGCGGCGACUACACGCUGGUGCUGCCCCCCAGCUACUACAAGGGGCUGGUCUCGACGGAGGCAAUGCUCGACCACUUCCGGGCGGUCGCCGACGCCUCGCCCAUCCCGCUGCUCAUCUACAACUUCCCGGGGGCAUCGUCGGGGCUGGACCUCAGCUCGGACGACAUCCUCGCGCUGGCGCAGCACCCCAACAUCGUGGGCGUCAAGUUGACCUGCGGCAACACGGGCAAGCUGGCGCGCAUCGCCGCUCAGGCACCUCAGGAUUUCUUGACGUUCGGCGGGUCCGCCGACUUCACGCUGCCGGCGCUCAUCGUGGGCGGCGCGGGCAUCAUCGGCGGCAUCGCCAACCUCAUCCCGCGGUCGUGCGUGCAGGUCAUGGCACUGCACCUGAAAGGAGAGGUAUUCGAGUCGCAGCGGGCGCAGGCGGUGGUGGCCCGCGCCGACUGGCUGGCCAUUAAGGGAGGGUUCGUGGCGGUUAAAAGUGCGCUGCAGAGCUAUCGGGGAUAUGGAGCGCAGCCGCGACGACCGUGUGUACCAUUGCCAUCUACGGAGGCGGAAGCCUUGGAGGGAGCAUUUAAAGAAGCGAUGGAUCUGGAGAGCAGCUUGGUAUAG